AGGGACCACUCGUAUAUAAGAGGUGGUGUUUAUCUCAACUUCCUGUUUGCCGUCUAACGCGCCCCAGGUGACACGAGCGGCUCUCAGCCGCCGGAACAACGCCGCGUCUCGGCCCAGCCACGAAGCCCGCUGAGGAUGUGUGACGGGGACCUGAGAGUGCUGCCAAAAUCCUCUCUGGACGUGUCCUGGCAAGAGAACAGGACUCUGAGCAGACUUCACUGCAGGAACGGAGGACACCAACUGAGGAUCUCGCCUGAUGGGAGUGUGGAUGGAGGCAGGCAGGACAAUGACCCCUAUGACGUCCUGAGGCUGAAGGCUGUGAGCGCGGGCGUGGUGGUGGUGAUGGGGGAGAACACGGGAAGAUACCUGGCCAUGAACACCAACGGAAGCCUCUAUGGAUCAGUCACCAUCAACGAUGAGUGUUACUUCCACGAGAAGUACGAGGAGAACCAUUACAACACGUACUGCUCCAAGAAGUACAGCUGGUACGUGGGGCUGAAGCGGAACGGCAAACCCAAACCGGGACCCAAAGCUCUUUGGGGUCAGAAGGCCAUCUUGUUCCUGCCGUUGUCAGCGGACGCGCGCCACGACGUCAACGUUCCGUGAAAAAUACCGUCAGGACCAGCUAGGAAAAAAAAACUAGAAU